AUGUCAUAUCUCUUUUCACAUUCGACGGUGGGGACCUUGGUUCAGUAUGCGAAGAAGGGCAAAUUGGAUUACUCGCGAAACCCAGGAAAGGCCAUCUCAACUUCCUCAUCAAGCGACAAUGUCCCCACCAACUUGGUCAACACCUCCACCGGUACAGACCUGAGACUGCAUCAGACGAGCCUUGUAGACUGGAGUGGACCGGAUGACCCGAGUAUGCCACACAACUGGCCCUUGAGCCAGAGAGUCAUCAUGACGUUCAUCAUCGGCUUCUAUACAUUCGCAGUAUAUGUGGGCUCGUCUAUCUACACAUCUUCUCAGCCUGACGUUGAGAGAAUCUUCAACAAGAGCUCUGUUGAAGGCUCGCUUGGUAUCGCGCUUUACGUCCUCGGCUAUGGUGUCGGGUGCCUGCUAUUCUCACCACUCUCGGAGAUACCGGCUGUAGGACGCAACCCUCCGUACGCGAUAUCUGGAUUUCUAUUCAUCAUCUUGUGUAUACCUACGGCGCUCGUGAACAACUUCGAAGGCCUCAUGGUCCUUCGAUUUCUGCUGGGCUUCAUGGCAUCGCCCUGCCUCGCGACUGCAGGCGUAACGCUCGGACCCACUUUGUCCUCGUACGCUGUCAAGAGUCUUGGGUGGCGCUUCUCUAGCUGGGAACUCAUGUUCAUUGCUGGACCUGCGUAUCUAGGAAUGAUCUUCUUCAUGCCCGAGUCAUCAGGCCCUACGAUCCUUUACUACAAGGCCAAGCGCCUAAGAGAGCAAACCGGCGACUCGAACUUGAUGUCCGACUCUGAACGCAAGCAGAAAGAUCUCAAUGUGAGAACCUUGCUAUUCGACGCCCUCAUCAAGCCAUGGGAGAUUAACGCACUCGACCCUGCUAUUCUGUUCACUACUAUCUACAUGGGCUUGGCCUACGGUAUCUACUACUCAUUCUUCGAGUCGCUCCCACUCGUGUACCCAGUCUACUACGGCUUUUCCGGUCAAAGCACCGGUCUCAUCUUUCUGUGCGUUGGACCUGCAGGCCUCCUCGCCUUUACUAUACACUGCUUCUACCUCAAAUACCGUGUCAUGCCACGUUUGACAAAUGGGACUUUUGGCGAGCUCGAGAACCAUCUUUUACCAGGCAUGCUUGCUAGUCCGUUCAUCCCUGCAGGACUAUUUCUUUAUGCAUGGACCGCGAGGCCGAGUGUUCACUGGAUGGCUCCCACGGUGGGGCUCGCGAUGUCCAUCUUCGGAACGUACUUCAUCGUACAGUCUGUCUUGCUGUACAUCCCGAACAUAUACCCUCGAUAUGCUGCAAGCAUUUUCUCGGCCAAUAGUCUCUCGAGAAGUCUAUUCGCGGUCGCUUCGAUCUUAUUCUCGACACCAAUGUUCGAGGGUAUUGGCAUCGAUGGGGGUGAUCCGAUGGAGUGGCCCAUUGAUUGGUCCCGAGUAACAAUCAUGAGCUUCAAACGCCCAAGCUUUCCUGAUACCACCGACAUCAUGAUCUCCAACGACAAGAAGAUCACUCUCAUCACUGGCGCCAACAGCGGCAUCGGCUUCGCCCUCACCCAGCUCCUCCUCGCAGACGCCUCCAACAUCGUCCUCCUCGGCGCCCGCUCCCUCUCCAAAGGCGAAAACGCCGUCUCAGAUCUCAAGGCCCAAAACCUCCCCGGCACCAUCGAGCUCGUUCAAAUCAACGUGACCUCCGAAGCCAGCGUCAGUCGCGCCGCCACAGACGUCUCCUUGCGAUUCGCCCAGAACGACACGCACAUGACUGACAUUGCAAGCCUCGACGCCCUCGUCAACAACGCCGGCAUAGCCGGCGCAUACUCCUCGACGGGCGCCGACGUACCCGACGGCCAGACACUGUCCGAACAACUCAUUGCGUGUUUCACGACCAACACCGUUGGCCCGGCGAUCACGGUGCACUACUUCGCGCCGCUGCUGUCAGUCUCCCCGCAUGUCGCGCGCAUCGUAAACGUCAGCAGCGGCGCGGGCUCGAUUUCGCUGCGCGCCGAUCAUGCUAAUCCACACCAGGCGAUGAAGGUGGUGCCGUAUCGUGUGUCCAAGGCGGCGUUACACAUGGUGACUGCGUGUCAGUGCUUCGAGUAUCGGGAGAAGGGGUGGAGGGUGUUUAACUUUUGUCCGGGGUUCACGGAGAGUAAUCUGGGGCCGAUGAAUACGAUUGCUGUAAGUGCUAUAUGUGAUUGGAUUGGACUUGGACUGGCUGAUUUUUCUUCUGCAGAAUGGGGCGAAACCGGCGAGUGA